AAGAUUAUGUAUAUGACGUCAGAGGAAAGCGACGCCGGUCAACAUUAUGAUUGGUCCGUUUGUAUAGGAAGCCGUUGGCGCGAUAGCUCCUGUAGACGCUUGUAAACAGGAGGGAGCGGCAGGGUGCCCUUGUGAUGGAUGAAUGGCUUUCUGCCUUUAUUAAGAGGACGGUUGUUAAAAUACAGAUCAAAGAAAUUAUGACCAUCCUAAAGGCAUGGGGCUUCUUAACAGAAAAGGAUCUAAGUACACUGACUUUGAGUCCACCUAAGGAGACUAUCGCAAUGGAAGUUGUUCAGCUCUGUGAGGAAAAACGGGCAACGAUGACAAAUGCUGCUGCCCUAGAUAUUACUUAUAAUCAUGCAAAUUCAAACAAGAAAAAUUGGAAUGUUUAUCAAAUGUCCAAACCCUUAGAACAAGACCUAGACCUGUUUGAUAUGUCAGACUUCAAGAUCCAGUUCAAAAAAAGUAUUUAUGCAGUUUCAAAAAAUGUAACAAUUCACUUUAAAGAGUAUGGCGAGGAGAUCUGGAUCCGCAUUGCAUGGGGGACGCAUCAUGCCAAACCAAAUCAAUAUAAAGCAACAUUUGUUGUGUAUCACGCGCAGACUCCUUAUGUCUUUAUCACAAAUCUUAUGAAGAGCUGCCAGCCUGUGUUGUGCCAGGCUCUUGUUCUUGCUGCCAAGUAUGGGCAGAUUCAGGAGUUGGAACUGAAAAGCCGAAGUUUAGAUUCGCUUAAGGAUAUUGUUUUUAAACGAUUUAAUCAGCCAUUCCAGUCGUAUCAUCCCAAACCACUUCAGGAAAGAAACGUUGAUCCAGGACUAAAUAAAAUAGUUGAUCCAAGAGUGACAUAUGAAAAUAUGAGAGAGAAGGAGAGGGUCCAGCACAUAACCCGUGAAACCUUUGGAGAUGGGCCACAACCAAAACUAGAAUUUGCUUCAUACAAGCUUGAAACAAUGUUCAGAGUUGAAAAUAAAAUUGGUGUGUUAGCUGAUCGUACAGAACCUUUCCGUUGUGUUGUCAAGUUUUCAAGUCCGCAUCUUCUAGAGGCAAUAAAGUCCUUAGCACCAGCUGGUUUGGCAGAAGCUCCGGUUUCAAAUUUACUGACGUGUAUACCUCAUAAGGCCAGGAACAUUUUUAAAAUCACUGAAAGGAAGGGUUUGCAUCCUGCUAGCAGCCAAGCAACACAUGUGUGAUGUCUUUUACAUAGUGGACAAUUCAACAGACAUUUGCACGUUUUAGCAAAUUUCUUGCUUCAAGCACCUACAGAUAUUGAUGCAGUCUUACAGUGGUUACUUGGUAACAUUAUGUGUUACUUGUUGGCACAGAUGAUGAUCAAGAAGCGUCGGAUUGUUCAAGUCUGUAACAAUAAAAAAUCCUUACGUCAGUGAAAGUUUAAUGCACCUUAAUAUUGUGAAUUAACACAUAAUAUACAAUAUUUUUAGUUUUCCCUACCACACCCUUUGGGUAGGCAUUGAGCUUUUUUUUUUUUUUUUUUUUUUAAGUAAUCCGAAUUAAAUGGGAUUGUCUGGUGACCAUUUUUAUUGUAAUAUUAGCUCGGUGACCGUUGCUUAAAUUAUAUGCCGAAAUAAAUUCUAAAAAACGUGUUUUGUUUUAUUAGGACCUGUGUCCUGGGAGAAGUUUUCUUUUGUGUUUGUUACUUUCAAAAGCAAAGGUGUAUCCCUGUAGUUAGUUCGUUUUUUUUUUGGACACAUGGAGGAGGAAGCUGCCACUAAAGUGAAUAGGCAGUUGUGCACAGCCACCUGGUACCAAAUAUUUUAUCCUUUUCACAAAAGUCCCUAAUAUUUGGGCUAUUUACUUGCACUACUAUCGCAUAUGGUAUGUAUGUUUGCAUAUAUAGAGUAGUUAGUUGUUUUUUUUUGUGUUUUUUUUUUAUUUUUGGACAACUUUCUACUGAAUCCCUGAAAUAAAAUCUAACAUUUGGAAAUAAAACAACCAUCAGCAGAUCACCUAGAGAAAUAUUUCACCUUACCAAGCAAAAUGUGGGAAUCCAUUGCAUAUUUCUCUGGAUAGCGCUGGCUCAUGUUCUUAAUGUUUGCAUUGUUGAUGCAUUUUUAUUCAAUCUACCAUGCAAAGAUUUUAUUUUUUGGCUAAUAUUACUCAUCAAUAUUCCACAUUCCACUGCCAGUUUUGUGUUAUCAAUAAAAUUGUGUUAUAGUAACUUCUGAAUAACUGGCUCUAGUGUGAACUGCUAUUUUAUAGGAUGCUUUCCCUUUAACCUCUUAAGGACAUGUGACGGAAUUUUUCCGUCAUAAAACAAUUGAGCAAACUGAAAGCUGUGUCCUUAAAGGGUUAAACCAGUAUUUCUGUUUGUAAUCUGUAUCGAGAUCUUCCUUUCUUCAUGGGUACUUGCCAAUAUCUGUUACCCUGAAAUAUAGCUGGCUUCCAAGUUGAAUGUUUUUAAGAUAUUACUUGUGCCCCAGAGUCCAGCUGAAAACCGGCUUACUAACUGCUUACAAAACCAAAUCACUUCUGUACAGCAGUAUAAUGUAAAUGUGUGGCUUUUAAAUUGUAUCAGUAUGUGGCUUUUAAAUUGUAUCAGUAUGUUUAAAUAACUUUCUUGCUUUCGGUAGUUGUGUAUAUAAUGUCCUGUCUAUUUGGUAUAAUACAUGGCUGUACUUUUUAACAUUGUGUAGACACACAUAAUUGUUUUUUGUUCUGUUGAAUAAUUUAACUUUCUUGCAUUCAGUAGUUGUGUAUAUAAUGUCCUGUCUAUUUAGUAUAAUACAUGGCUGUACUUUUUAACAUUGUGUAGACACACAUAAUUGUUUUUUGUUCUGUUGAAUAAUUUAAGAAAAAUUAAAGCUAUAAAAAGAG